AUGAGGAUGCAGAUGUAUCCUCCUCCUAUGGCAGACUCCCCCGUCCACCAUGCUACCAUCGCCAGCCUCCCUCCAACCAACGGAUCGGCGCGACCAAUGUCGAUGCCGAUGCCCGCAGGCAGCCCCUACGUUGGGAAUGAGAGGAGGAACAACAUGCCAGUUCCUCCUGGAAACUUCACUGGGAGACCCGAGCACAGGUCGUACAUGAUGGUCAACAGCACAAACAAAGAGCUUCUGACCGCCCCAAGUCACAAUCCCCGUCUUCCUCCUCGCCAUCCCUCUUCCUCCAGUGUUCCUCCCUUCGCAGCUCCGGAGCGGGGAAUGGUCGCAAACUCCUUGACGAACCUCCCGGGCUCGAGGAACGGCGAGUGGCCGCAGACACCGCGAGAAGAGGCUGUGCAGGCCUACCAGUUGGGAGGGAAGGCAAACUCCGUAUCCGACGAGCUCGCCAGCCUCAACCUUGACAUCCCCGACGACCAGUGGUACGAGCCCGGCAUAGAAGGCCUGCCCGCCGCCAACAACUCGGCUCUCUCUCCUCGAAGCGUCUCCUCGAGCCAGCAAGAACGAGGCCCAGGGCUCUCCGCCGCCGCUCGCAAGGCGCAGCAGAAGGCGUACAACGAGCUUGCGAGGCUGGCGAUGACGAUCAACGACGAGGAGUCGCCAAUGAUCUGUGGGGUAGGGAUCAGCUUCCUUCAGGAGAACGGCAGGAUUUUCAUCAGGUCGAUCCAGGAAGGAAGUCCUGCGGCAGAGACAGGCAUCCUUGAUGUGGGGGACCAGCUCUGUCUCAUCGAUCACACCAGCAUCGACGGCCUGUCAGUCAUAGCGGCUGAGGACAAGCUGUACGGGGAGGAGAACUCUGUGGUGAUCCUUUCGGUGCUGAAGCAGGGGGAGGACAGGCUGACGCAUGCGACUCUGGUUCGAUCCUCCGGCCAGAAGGAGCGGAACGAGAAGAAGCGCAAAGAGAUCUACGACGUGGGCAUCUCCUUCUCAGUCUCCCCCAGCAGGCAGGUUGUCAUCACCGAGCUAGCGGCCGGAGGGCCCGCGGACAAGCUGGGCUUCAUCAGCGUGGGGGACGUGAUCCUGGCCAUCGACGAGGAGCCGCUGCCGCAGGGGGAGCAGGUGGACGUGACCGCGUUCGUCAACGCCAGGAUCUGCGGGCCCAAGGGAUCGCCAGUGGUCCUGACGCUAGUGAAGCCGGGGUUGGGGAUGAAGCAGCACGUGCAGCUGCGGAGGAAUCAUCUCUUCGGGGCUACUGACGUCAGGUCAAAGAGUGACAAGAGCGAUGUUGGGAGCAACUUGAUGUCCGUGGGAGCACUUCACUUUCUACCCAGCGACGCGUCUGCUCUCAAGAGUCAGAUGAACGGGCUGACGGAAGACGCGUAUGAAAUCCACAAGCUCCACCACGACGAGAUGAUCAUCAACCCUGUCUACGCAUGGAAGAACGCCAGCUGGCGGCCCAAGUACGAAGACCACUUGAUCGAGAGCCUUCGAGACAUCAUCGCCAGCUGCCUGUCUGUCGGUCAGUUCCUGCCCUCUCCUCGCGCUCUUGCUGUCGUGACCUCGUUGGCCAGUGGCGUCGGGAGCAAGUACAGCCUACGGUAUGAUGGUCGUCCCCUCCCCGCAGGACGAGCCCUGGGUACCCGAGGAGACGUCCAGGCUGCUGGCACUGAAAACCUUCAGGUCCAGUCGCUCCUCCCGGAUGGGCCCGCGGCGAACACAGGACUCAUCCAAGUGGGAGACAUCGUGGCGGAGAUCGGGGGGAGCAGCGUGCGAGGACUGCCGUUCGAUCGAGUGACUUCCAUCCUGACCUCUUCGUGA